GGCUCAGCAUCACGUGACACAUUCCAUUACUGAUCGAGGUAACCUGUUGGCGGGCGCGGCCAUCUUGUUCUUUAUUUCCAGAAGCGGUAAACAAUUAAUAAUAUUUCUGAUCGUCCGGCUCCAUAAACCUAGCGAACAUGGUAGACAGAGAGGAUCGUGUUUACCGCGCCAAGCUAGCUGAGCAGGCUGAGAGGUACGAUGAAAUGGUGGAGGAGAUGAAGAUAGUUGCCCAGCAGAAUAUUGAUCUGACGAUAGAAGAGAGAAACCUCCUGUCUGUAGCUUACAAGAAUGUAAUUGGUGCAAGAAGGGCAUCUUGGCGAAUUAUUAGCAGUAUAGAAACAAAGCAAGCUCAAGCUGAUGAUCCCAAGAAACUACCAAUGAUAAAGGAUUACAGACUGACCGUGGAAAAUGAACUAAAAGAUAUCUGUAAUGAUAUUUUAAGCGUGUUGGACGAACACCUCAUCCCUUCAGCGGGCAGCGGAGAAUCGAAAGUUUUCUAUUACAAAAUGAAGGGUGAUUAUUAUCGAUACCUUGCCGAGUUUGCAACGGGCGCACAGAGAAAGGAAGCUGCGGAAAAAAGUCUGAUCGCCUAUGAUUCUGCCACCACAACCGCCAAAGUUGACCUGGCGACUACGCAUCCAAUACGCCUCGGCCUGGCCCUGAACUUCUCCGUGUUCUACUACGAGAUCCUGGGCGCCCCGGACAAGGCAUGUCAAAUAGCCAAAUUAGCUUUCGAUGACGCCAUAGCAGAGCUGGACAGCUUGAACGAUGAAAGUUACAAGGAUUCCACGCUCAUACUGCAGUUACUCCGGGACAACUUGACACUGUGGACGUCGGACAUGCAAGCAGACGAGCAGGGGCAAGGACAGGAGCAAGUUGAAGAUUUAGAGACAUCGGGGAAACCGGAGGACUCGUAACCGAACUUUAAAAAAAUUCAGAAAUGAAAGACUGACUGUAUUAUCUGUAUCGUGACUUGUCUGAGGAAAAAAACUUCUGUCAUCUAUUGAGAUGCUUUUUUUUAUGAAACAUGGAAAUUGGAAUCCCAAACUGCUUGUAACUAUUCCCCCCAAGCAGGAUGACAGAUAAUAACAAUUUUUAUACAGAAUCCUCUUGUAGAUGUGUACUUAAUGGACUUGAUUGUUAUUAUUAUUAUUAUUAUUAUUAUUAUUGUUUUGAUGAAAAGAGAUAGUGUUAUUAUUCACAAGUGUGACGUUUCUUAUUUAACACCGUAUACUGUAAAUCUAUGUAGGAGGAUUGCUAACUGGAGCCAGCAGCUUGACUUAUAAUAAAAAAUACUUGGAUCCACUCCUUCCAAGCUUGAUUGGAUAUAUAUUUGUGACAAUUUGACUAUGAAACUUGUGUCAUAUUACUGCAUGCAAUAAGCAUAAGAUGCUGUUCCACUUGUUUCCCAAUUGUAAGCCUUCUAAAAGUCUUAUCAUUAGUUCACUGGCAGCUGAUGCAUGAUAUUAGUAGGGGGAGGGCAACUGAACAUUUCUGAUAAAAAAGAUGGAGGUUUUGGGCAUUCUGAACCCAGUAUGUUAGUAUGAGUGCAGUGCAUGACCUUCCUAUUUAUUGGGAGUGUUCUACUUCUAGCUUCACUUACAUUUUUCCCAGAUUAAAAAGGAAUCACCAAGAGUAUGAAAUUAAAUAGGAUUUCAGAGUUCCAAACAUUUUUUUUUCAUCUCUUCAAAGGGUGCAUAUAAAGUGUUCCUUGAAAAAAGGGGCGGGUGGAUAAAAAGACAGGCCAAUCUGUUAAAUUGCUGGCCAGAGCAGGUCUGUAUGAAUCAUUAGUAUUGCGGUACUAAUGUAUAGGAAUCCCAAUUAUAGACCGCUGUUUUCUUGAGUGCGCUUGUACUAAUCUGAUUUAAAAUGAGUGAUUAAAUGGUUUAAAAGCA